AUGGCGCCAGGGCGAUGUCGCAUUCUGGGUAAGCCGAGUGUGAUUUCUCCUUCGGAGAUCUUGCGUUGUGGCUCUCGCCUCCGCCAUAGUUCUCAUCAAGAUGGUGACUCAAUUUGCCCAGAUUUAGUCACCGUUCCUCAUCAUCUCGGCUGUCUAGCCUUGGGAUUCACCGUCGGUAAAAAGUGUUCAGUGAAGGUUUCUCGGAUUGGGUUGUGUAGCGAUUGCUUGGUUUCUUUGGUGUCUACCUUCGACGGUGAGUUUUUGGUCAUUGUAAGGGUUUCGCGGUCGGUUAUUGUCUCUCUAUGUUCGCAACUUUUGCUAGGUCGUCUUCUCCGGCAGUUCAUCCGAUUGUUUUAG